CGUGCAGUCUUACCUGCCAGUGUGCAGCUAUCGCAGUCUCUCUGCGCUCCAGGGAACUCUUGUCUUCUGCUUUAAGUGGGCGAUGCUGUUGCUUAAUUGCAACCUGGAGGAUGAUGGCCUCAAGAAUUUGCUGGAGACAGGAGCAUCAGUCAACGCACCCCCGGAUUCCCAUGAGCAGUCGCCUGCUCACCUAGCUGCAGGUAGCGGCCUUGCUUGCUUUCUUCUCUGGCAGCUGCAAGCAGGCGCUGACUUCAACCAACAGGAUGUUCUGGGAGAAACUCCACUGCACAAGGCAGCGAAAGUUGGAAGCUUGGAAUGCCUUAGCCUCCUUGUGGCCAGUGAUGCCCAGAUUGACUUAUGUAAUAAGAACGGGCAAACAGCUGAAGAUCUUGCUCGGUCGUGUGGAUUUCCAGAAUGUGCCAGGUUUCUGACAACGAUUAAGUGGAUGCAGACGGCAAAGUCAUCUUGUGAUCCCUGUGCUCCAGUGCUCAGACAGAAGCGAAGUGGGACAAGUGUGGAGAACAGAGCUCUGAAGAGGAAGUGUGGAUACCUUGUUGGGCGAGAGGCCUGAGGAAGGGCUUCACUUCAGACAUCUACAAGCCAUGACUGUGGCUUACCAUACAGACAAACUCCUGAGGAGUUUUAGAGGAAAGCUUUCUUCUAAGUGAAGAGAUAUUCAUGAAUACAUGUAUUUACAUGACUAUAUUUUGGCUGUGCAUGCUUUGUUAUCUAACUUAUUAAAAGACUAUUAAAGGAA